AUGGAUGCAAGGCUGUUUGAGGCUGCUCAAGGAGGAAACAUCGAAUAUUUACAGCAGUUGCUGACAGAAAAUCCAUUUAUUCUCAACAUCGCACUUUUGUCUGAUGAGAAUCCCUUGAACAUUGCUGCUGACAUGGGGCAUGUUGACUUUGUGAAGGAGAUUAUAAGGUUAAAACCAGUUUUCGCCAGAGAGGUAAAUCAAGAAGGCUUUAGUCCUAUGCAUAUAGCAGCAGCUAAUGGCCAUGUCGAGCUUGUGAAGGAGCUAAUGAAAGUUGACAUCAAACUCUGCCGAGGGAGGGCUGAGGUGGUCAGCGCAAUGCUUUUAGAUUGUCCUGAUUGUAUCGAAGAUGAGACUGAUCAAAGGGAAAAUGCUUUGCACCUUGUUGUCAAGAAUAACAGAUUUGAAGCAAUAAAGAUAUUGAUGGGUUGGAUCAGAGAAACGAACAAGGAAUACUUGCUGAACAUGAAGGAUGAGCAAAGGAAUACAGUGGAAUCUUUUGAGUUUAUACUGUUGGCAGAAAGAUUAGCACCAACCCUCUCAAUCUUGCCACCAUCAAUUUUAGGACUUCGGUUCUUGGGGAUUGGGAGUUACAACACUUCAUCUAGAGAACGUGGAGUUUUGGUUCCAAGUUACAAGUAG